CCUAUGAUCCUAUACCAAGCAUUCGAGGCCGAGUUGGUCCCAUAGGAUGUCCUACAUAUUCGUUAGCUAUGAUCCGAGAGAACAAAGGACCGAAAGGAAGGCAUGCCCUAAGGACUCAAAGGACUUUACGAAAAAUGACAGGUCGUUAUGGAUCGUGCAUGAUAAUCUCUGGCCCGAGAACAAGUCGAGGAUCAUAAGAGGGAGGGAUAAAGGUGGACGACGGUCUGUUGGAUUUCGUGAUCAGGACAACUCCGCUGUGUACACGGACGAUCUACGCCUUUCCUCUGGACCUCAAAUCGUGAUCGAUACGACAUCCAGCAAAAUUUGAUCGCGGAGAAUUGUCCGAAGAACGACAGACUUCGAUCAUCAACGGGAUUAUAGCCAUCUCGGGUAGCCUAGUACAAAACACCUCGCAAAGAUGGACCGAAAGCCGAGCCCGGAACCGGCGCUCGGUACCUACCCUUCUGCCUUACCGUCGCCGUUAGCACCUUCAGCAUCUCCACCGAUAUCCUCCCCACCUUCUCCUCCAUCUCCGAAACCGGUAUCUCCACCACCUCCCUCCGUUGUGAAAGAGACCUUCUACAUGUCCAUCAUCGUCAUCCUCGGGAUGGUCAAUUCUUUCGGGGCGGGCACUACGUUGAUAGGGCCGAAGAUCCAGGAAGAUUUGGGGUUCGGGACGAGCGAGUUGCAGUGGCUCAGUACUUCGUUCUACAUCCCGCUCGGCACCCUCUGCCUGAUAUCCGGUACCAUAGCCGAUACGUACGGCGGCAAACCGACCUGUCUGGCAGGGAUGGGGCUUUUGACCGUAGCUUCCCUGGGAGCUUGUUUUGUUAGGACGAAAGAGUUGUUGUUCUUCACUAGAGGGGUUAGUGGGUUGGGGAGCGCUCUGGGGACUGUGGCUGGGUACCCGAUGAUCGUCCAGAUCUACCCAGAAGGAACCGGCCGAACGUUGGCUCAAGCGAUCUACGUCGCCGCAUGGCCGACAGGUGGAGCAUUCAGCUUGCUGGCUAGUGGAUUUGUCGCUGAGCAGGAUUGGCACAGGUAUUUCUACCUCGUCACGGGUCUGACCGGUGCAACCACUCUCGCGGUCUUCCUCUUCCUUCCCGAACCGUCAGGGGAAGCUGGAGGUCACUCCACUGACUCAGAAGGACAACAUGCACGACGUCGAAAUUGGAAGGAAAGGUUGCGCGUGUUAAAGAACAUCGACUGGAUCGGCGCUUUGCUCUCCAUCACGGGCCUGGUCCUCUUGUUCUACGUCUUGGCCGUAGCUCCGGGCGCGAAGAAAGGUUGGGGUACGCCUUACAUCGUCGUUCUGUUCAUCCUCGGCUUCGUCAUGCUCGGCCUGUUUGCGAUCUGGCAGUGGUACAUCGAGCGACGGGAAAGCAUCACAAUCAAACCGUUGGUUCCGCUCGGCGUGUUCGCGUUGGACAAGGGCAGGGUCUCGCUCUUAUUCCUCGUCGCUAUGUUGUGUUUCGCUGGAUACGCAGGGUUCAUGUUCCUGUUCACGCUCUACCUCGAGGUGUACCUUAAGCUUCCUCUCGACAAGACUGCUCUUCACUUCUUGCCAGGUCCAAUAGUCGGGAUUACCUGCAACAUCGUCAUUGGACUCAUCGCAAACAGGAUCUCGCCUCAAUGGAUCUUGACGACGGGUGCCAUCUCGACAGGCAUAUCGCUGAUCUUGUUCGCCGUCGUGCCCGUCGGCGCAUCGUACUGGACGUACACGUUCUUCAGUCAGAUGUUGACGGUGCUCGGAGCAGACUGUGCCGGUUCGGCGGGCUUGAUUUACACCACCAAGAUGAUGACGGGUGCUCGUGCAGGCUUAGCGGGAGGUCUCUACGGCACGUUCAUCCAGCUUGGGUUCUCGCUCGGACCGUCCGUGGGGACGAUCGGAUUACGUUAUAUAGCCGAGAAGAAUGCUCGUCGAGCAGGGAUAAAUGUGGAUGGGGCGGCUUAUGACGAACCGUCUUUUCCGCCUUCGAGCUACUUGUACGGCCUUCAACGGGCGUCCUGGAUCUUGGCGGCUUUGAGCUUGUUCGCUGGGGUGUUAGUCCCGAUCGCUAUGCGUCGGAUGGCCAUGUCGCCGGAUGAUCCGGGUGAUGUCGCUAUCGAUCGAGGUAGUGCUUCGGAGACGGGUGCGGAUGAUGGUCAUCGAGCCAGUGAGAAGGUGUAAAGUAAAGAGCUGCUCGAUGGAGGGUGUUCAAUGCGUUCCAUUCACAUGUAGGCGGGCGAAAGUAUUGAGAUCUAGUCGUAUGCACAGAGAUGUCCGACUAGAUGGUAUACGUUUUGACUGCAUGUACAAUUGUCGUGGUGGUGUUUCAUCGAUG